AUGGGAUUGGUCAAGUUUGGAUCUUUUGUUAUCUUUCUUUUUAUUCUUGUACUACAUGCAAGUGAAUGUAGUACUUUGAACACAUCUUCCCUAUGUACUGAGUGUAGUAUCCCUCUUCGUUUGAAAAAGUGUUAUGGCAUUCGUAUUGCAUACUAUGCAAACACUGACGCUACAUUUCAAGUGCUUCUUCUUAGAUCUGGUGAUAUUAGUCCAAAUCCGGGUCCUGAAGGAUGUGAUUCUUCUACGACUGACACCGCACAGCACAAUGCAUCAUCACAGCAUUUAAGACGUAAGGUGUAUGAUCGUGUCCUUCUUCAUAGUCUUUCGCACACCAAACAUUGGCUGGACAGAGAAGUUUGGGAAACCAUCAUCUCUCUUGACAUUGCCAGGAAGAAGAAGAAGCGUACGCAUCGUGGACGUAGGUCACCGGAAAAGUGUCAACUUCAGUUGGUGACACAACACAUGUGUCUGGCCACUCCGCCUUCUUUGCCAUCUUCGCCUUCGCCUUCCCUGUCCUCCACACCAUCUUCAACUAAUGAUGUCAUUGAAAGACGGCUAUCAAUGAGUAUGUUGAAUGCCCGGUCCUUGCGGAAUAAAUCUGAUGAGUUCCAAGAUUACGUCCUCGAGCAUAAUUUUGAUGUAGUGUUCAUCUGCGAGACAUGGUUGACAUCAUCUGAUGACGCAGUUAUAGCCAAUCUCCUUCCUCAAGGUUAUACCUUUAGGCAUAGGUGUAGAGCAAACAGGAGAGGAGGUGGUCUUGCGAUCCUAUACCAUGAUGGACUGACGGCAGCUAUAAGGCCUUCAUUACAUAUGAAGAGCGUCGAGAUGAUGUCUGUUACUUUAUCAUCCACUAACAAUAUCAGUAUUGACGUAGUUAUGGUAUAUCGCCCUCCUGGGACCCGUGUUGCCUUCUCUACUUUCAUCGAAGAGUUUACUGUUAUCUUGGAGGAGACCUCUUUCCGACCCGCUCCCCUUGUUAUUACAGGUGACUUCAACAUUCAUUUGGAUAACUUGACUUUGCCCAACACGAAGAAGUUCAAUGAACUGCUUUCCAGUUAUGGCCUUGUUCAGAUGGUAACAUCACCUACGCACGAACGUGGUCAUAUUCUUGAUGCUUUCAUCAUACGAUCUUCUGAUAGAGAUAUUUUCUCUGGUCUUCGUGUAAUCCCUGGCAUUUCGGACCAUUCGACAGUAGCAUGCUUUCUUAAUGUGGCCAAACCACGUCCUGAGGUGAGACAGUCGGUUGUACGUAACAUCAAAGCUAUUGACCGAGUAUCGUUCGCUGAUGAUCUGAAGCAGAGCAACAUUGCUGGUGGCUCCUCUCUGGAUGUUCACAUUGCAGUUGCUCAGUACAACACAAGCCUCAUCAAUCUAAUGGACAAGCAUGCACCGGCUAAGUUGUGCAAGGUCAAACUUCGCCCUCAGGCUCCUUGGUAUACCCAAGAGUGUACCGUUGAGAAACAACGACGGAGGCUUCUUGAAAAGAAAUGGCGGUCUUCGCGAUUAGAGAUUGAUCUUCAGUUGUAUCAAGAGCAGAAACGGCACGUUAAUUAUCUUAUUCGUCAGUCUAAGCAAUCUUACUACAGAAAAGUCAUUGAAGACUGUGGCGAUGAUUCUAGACGUCUGUUCCAGGUUGCUAAUCAACUUCUUAACCGGAAGCAGUCAUCCCCUCUUCCUUCACUUGCCUGUGAUAAGUCGCUAGCAGAUAUCUUCAAUAAUUUCUUUGUUGACAAGGUUAAUUCAAUCCAACGUAGCCUUUCUCCAGAUGUUUCUCAACGACCUUGUCUGACGGAUGAAAUUUUGGAAGUUUUCGAUCCGACCACAGCAGAUGAAAUCAAAUCCCUUAUUUGUACAACUCCUGUGAAGUCAAGUGGACUCGACCCUGCUCCGACAAAGUUGCUUAAAGAAUGUGCUCCAACAGUCGCACCAGUGAUUGCAGCGAUAGUCAACAUGAGUCUCUCUUGUGGUGAGGUUCCCAAAGCACUGAAGCUGGCCCACAUCCACCCUCUACUUAAGAAACCAUCUUUGGACUGUGAGUCACUCCUUAGCUAUCGGCCAAUCUCCAAUUUGCCAUACCUAUCUAAAGUAUUGGAACGUGUCGCUUUUUCUAGACUGUCAGACUAUCUCAUUGAAAACGAUCUGAUUGAUGGAAGGCAGUCUGCAUACCGUCCUAAUCACAGCGUGGAGACUCUCUUGGUGAACUUAUCGAAUGACAUAUUGUCAGAGCUUUGGUUUGUUUAG